UUCCCAGUGACAAUGGCUUGACGACGCAAGAAUGGAAAACAUGCAAGUGUCCCUAAUUAUUACUCUGUAUCUGCUUCUCAUUGCUUAAGUAACUUGAAAUUCAUAGACUCUUUGCUAUAAAUACUAAAGAGACAAACCAUGCCAGUAAUAAAAUACUAAAGAGACAAACCAUGCGGAGGAGAAACUAUAACAAACAUGGGUCAGAUUGGCCUGAAGAGACAAACCAUGACUCACAAUGGAUUAAGAUCUUUGAACAAAUUAGACAUGCUACAAAUGAAAAAGAACGCGAAAGCAAUCGCCAAGCAUGCCAGUAAUAAAAAUGGUCCCAAAACUGAGAAUGAUAGACCAUCAAGCGCCAUUAUAUAUGGAAGUGGGAUGAACAUUGUUUUUGUGGGAGCUGAGGUGGGUCCAUGGAGCAAAACUGGAGGGCUUGGUGAUGUUCUUGGGGGACUGCCACCAGCCAUGGCAGGCAAGGGGCAUCGUGUUAUGACAGUUUCCCCACGUUACGACCAGUACAAAGAUGCAUGGGAUACUCAUCUCAAGUAUUCAUCACUGUUGUUUAGCUGGCUCUCGGAUGUGCUUACAGCUUGA